AUGAAUGUGGCACUAUCAACAACUCUACAGCAAAAUUCACAUAAUUCAAACAAUCUUAUGAAUCCAUCAGUACCCAAUUUAACUCCUGCCGAAUGUCGUCAAUCCGACGAAUUAAAUAGUCAAAUGAUGAAUUGUUUGAGUUUUCAACCAAAUCGUUGUACAAGUGAAUUUGUACGUAGACAAUUACAAAAUACAAUUCAUGGACGACAGAAACCAGCCGGUGGAAAAGAUGUAUCUGCACAAAAAAUGAUGACAUCACCAAAUCUUGAUUCCAAUCAAAAAGGGGCUUAUUUUCGAAGUCAAUUAUCAGCUCAAAUGUCAACUCCACCAUUACAAACAAAUCUACGAUCACAACCACAACAUCAACAACAAAGUAAAACAACAAUGUAA